CUGUUCGUUUCCGGCGAUGCGUCGCGUGGCCUCUCUCCUCCUCAUUCAGUGCGUCACGCCCCUCUCAUGGACAAAAUGGAAGAACACUGCGCGUUUAUUUGUUUGAGUGCACUACACAUUACUAAUCACUAAUAAGUUUACUUACAUAAAUCAAAGUGUGCAUGUAAACGCAGACAUUGCGCAACGCGGAGCGAGCCUGCGUUGAAGCGUGAGUUUUAUUAUACACCAUUGCUGUUCACAGAUCGGCUAGCUCGAGCCGCAGCGAUUACCUUACAGAGAUGAACCUUUAACAUGACCAUUGAUGAACUUCAGAGUGAGCCUUCAGCUGAACAAGAGUUUAGUUCAUAGUGUGGAUGGAGGAGGACGGCUCCAGCGCUGAGGCCUCGGCCAAGUCUUGGGGUUUCCGCCGGAGCACCAUCGCCAGACGGGAGUUCCUGGAAGCCGUCGGCUCGGUGGACAGCAGCCCUCCCGCCCCACGCCGCAGAGGUCGAGGCAGGGGUCGCGGCAGGGGUCGUGGCCGAGGUAAACGGGCCUCUGAGGCCGGCGUGAAUUCUGUAGCCUCCAAGCGUGGUCGUGGGGGUCGAGGACAGGUGCUGGUGCCUGCGCUCACACCUGCAUAUGAGAAUGAAGAUCAGGUGAGUGCAGAAGAGCUGCAGUGUGUCUCUGCGGAACUGAAGUCAGACGAGGAGCACGUCAGUGAAGGAGUUGUGUCGGAUCGAGCUGAAGACAGCGAUGAUCUCAAUCUCCAGGAGAUCCGUAAGCGUGCGGUGGCUCGACGGCUGCAAGAGCUCAAGCAUGGAGAGAUGGGUGAUGUGGAAGCUACAGAAGAUACGGAUGUAGAGCUGCCAUUACUGAUGGAACAGGAAGAUGCCACGGUUAUCACUUCAGCUGGAGGAAUGAUGUGUUCUUCCACAGAUGGAGCGGCAAAUUCUGUCACCGCAGCAGAAGCCCAGAAGGCCAUUGAAGGGGGAGGAAGUACUAAAAGAGCAAAGGAAGACUGUGAGGAAGAGCAUCAGGCUGAAGAUGAGGAGCAGUUCUCUGAUAAUGACACUGAGAGGAUGGACCAGGAGGCUGUGUGUUCCUUGUGUCAGCAGAGAUAUAAUGACAGGUUGAUGAUCUGCUGUAGCUUGUGUCGAGAGUGGUGUCACGUGGACUGUGUCAGCAGCUCAGAGGCCGGGGCUGGUGUCCCGCAGAGGAACGGAGAAGAGUUCGUCUGUCCCUCGUGCUCUGACCGCCAGGACAACCUCAGCAGACAACACCAAAUCAGCUCAUGCCAUGCGGUGGGUGUCGAGCAGCCGCUGGAGGAGGAGGUGAAGAUGAAGGUGGAGGAGGAGGUGAAGGUGGAGGAGAUAAAGGUGAUGGUGGAUGAGAAGGUGAAGGUGGAGGAGGAUGCUUCUCCUAAAUGCAUUGGUCCAGGCUGCAGUAAUGAUGCUCUGCCAGAGUCGGUGUACUGUGGUCAUCAGUGUAUUGUGCGCCAUGCAGCGAUGACCAUGAAGUCUCUCUCUGAACCCAAAAUUGAGAACCCAAAACCUGCUGCUCCACCAACUGAACCGUCUAUCAAGAGUGAGAAACGAUCAUUUCUUGCAAAGCUUUUCAAAGUGAAGAUCAAUAAGACGCCUGCACAGGAAGAGCAUGUGAGCAAACAAGAAGAAAUGGAUGAAGAGUCACGGUGUUCAGCUAAAGUCAUUGAGCCUGUACAGCCAACCACAUCAUCAGCCCCUGUACAGCCACCGUAUUAUCGACUCCAGUACAGCCAACUGUAUCAUCGACUCCAGUACAGCCAGCCGCAUCAUCAUCUCCAGUACAGCCAACCGCAUCAUCUCCUGUACAGCCAACCGCAUCAUUCAAGUCCUGUACAGCCAGCCGCAGCAUCAUCUCCUCCUCUAGAUUACAAACCCACCAUUAAAGACAAAGAUGAAGUUGUGAGCAGUACCAGUACACCCCAGAGCCGACCUUCAGAUCUGACUCUGGAUGCUCCCCCUUCUGAAAAGACUCCUGCAGCCCCAGUAAUCAAGAGGUCCACUCCAGGAAGAGCAAAGAAAACCAUGCCAGGCUCUCCACGACUGGAGCUUCUGAAAGGGGCUCUCAGUAAAAGCCCUUUAACCUUCACUAAAAAGCCUUCUGAAUCCAAGGCAGCUGCUGAGUCCAGCAGAGCUCCAGAACUUGUGACCAGCAGAGCCUCAGCGGAAGAUCCUGCUGUGGACAGUCCUCUCCUGAUCAGACAAAACAUCCGUCGCUCUCUAAGUCAAAUUCUGCUCAGAAGGUUAAAUCAGAGUGAUGAUUUAAACAUUUCUGAGAAUGAAAUUGAAAAGCUGGCUGUGGACAUGGAGAAAGAGCUGUUCAAUAUGUGUUACACCACAGAUGAGGAGUAUAAGAAUAAAUACCAGUGUCUCAUCCUCAGCUUGAAAGAUCCCCAAAACAAGGAACUUUGUCAUCAGGUUUUGAAAGGAAACAUACUUCCAGUCAGGCUCGUUCAUUUGAGUCAGCAGGACAUGACAUCUGUUGAGGAAACCGCUGCUGACUCUUCUGCAAAGGAGGAAUCAUCAUCCCUUCGUUCUGUGAAAAUGGAAGAACCUCCUCCUGCUCCUCCUGAGGAAGUGAUGAGUGUAGAGACCACACAGCCAUUGAGCACAACCACUCCCUCAGAAGAGAAACAGUCCCUGUCUCAACCGAAGCAGACUCCGGCGAGGGAAAUGAUCUUAGAUGCUCCAGACCUGAUCAGCAGCAUGUUGAAAGACACAACAACAGAACAUAAACACCAUCUCUUUGACCUUAAUUGCAGGAUAUGUACAGGCCAAGUAUCAACUGAUAAUGAUCCUGCAACCAAGAAGCCCAAGAUGAAGACAGUGAAAGAAGACACAGAAAAGGAGAAAUCUCCAUGUGUUGUUCAGAUGAAAGAUGAAGCACUGGAUUCACCGGCACUGGACUCUGAUAUCAUUGAGUCCCCUGCGUCUCCCAAUGCAGAGGACUUGGACUCGAAGUUACCAUCAGCAGAUUUCUCUCCUGUUUUGAUUCCUUCAGUUCCCACUGUGUCCAUCUCUAGAAGAGAUCCCCGUACAGCACAAUACCGACAAACUCUGCCAUCAUCUGCUGGCUCAGAGUUUGUCUCACCCCCACACCAGCAUCCGCCUCCAGUAAAGGCUGUCAUGGACCCUCUUAAAGAGACACUGCCACCACAUGUGUCUGUACAUUUGCCUGCUCCAAUGCCCAAAUCUAUCCUCAUGAAACCUUCGCCAGCCUCACUGGACACUUCAUAUGGCUCAACGACAAGGCUGGCAGACUGCGAUAAAGGAACAAGGCAGUUUUUAUCUAAACAGAACAUUUUAUGGAAAGGCUUUCUUAACAUGCCAACGGUGGCCAAAUUCGUCACAAAGGGAUAUUUAAUUUCUGGCUCUCCUGACUUUCUGAAAGAGGACUUACCAGACACUAUACAAGUUGGAGGCAGGAUAUUACCUCAGACUGUCUGGGAAUAUGUUGAUUUGAUAAAGACAUCAGAGGCAAAGGAGCUGUCAUUAAUCCGGUUUCAUCCAAGUUCUGAUGAAGAGGAGGUUGCAUACGUGUCCCUGUUUUCAUAUUUCAACAGUCGUAGGAGAUUUGGGGUUGUUUCUAAUAUUUGUAAACACAUCAAAGAUCUUUACCUCAUUCCGCUGUGUGCAAAACAGUCCAUCCCUGCAGCACUGCUUCCCAUAGAGGGACCAGGGCUUGAACAGGAUCACCCUAAUAUCCUAAUAGGGUUAGCAGUCUGUCAGAAACUGAAGCGUCCUGAGGGAUUGCCACAAGAUGUUGGCGAAAAGAAAUCUAGGUCCUUGAUUUGUGCGGAUGGAAAGGAAACCAGCAAUUCUACCUCACUAAAUGAUCUUGGGCAACAUAACAUUAAGGCUUGUGAUGCUGAUCUCUUCCUCAACUCAAACCCUUGUGGAUCUUUACCUUCAGUUGGGUUACCAGACCCAUUAUACUCUGCCAGCUCUCUGUGUGGCCCAUCUAGAGUGUUAUCUGUGUCGACACCCACCCCAUCUGUAAACACAGGCCCAUCCAAAGACUCCACCCCACUUCAGACCAUACUUAACACAUUAUUUGGUCCAAAGAAACAACCCCCUGAUGCUACAGAGUGUAAUAUAAGCUUGUCAACAGAUAAGGUUCAGCCUUGUCAACAGAUGUCCAAACAUGAUGAUCCAAUGGAGUUAGAUGAUGAUAGGCCUUAUGAUCCUGAGGAGUAUGAUCCAGCUAUUUCUAAUGAGGCCCUGGUUCCUUUUACUCCAGCUGAAGUUUUGGAGCCUAAAGUUCUAUAUGCAGCCACUACUAAUGAUGAUGAUAUGAUGAGACCGUAUGAUCCAGAGGAAGAGUACAGUGCAGUUGCUAAUGCUCAUACUGUCAGAAAUAAUAUACCCAAAACCUCAGAGGCUAAAAAUAUUGAAGAGACCACUACAGUUACAAGUGACGUAGCCUAUGAUCCAGAGGACGAGACAGUGUUUGAGGAGAUGCAAAAUUACCUCACAAGUAACGAUUUACCUCACAAAUCCACUCUCUCUGAACAUAAAAUUUCACAUUACAAUGAUAAAAUCUCAAGUACAACAUUCUCUGAGCAGCAAAAAAUUCUUGAAGAGCUGAAUAGGCAGAUAGAGGAACAGAAAAGACAGUUAGAAGAACAGGCAGAAAAUCUACGCCUUCAGAAGGAAGCCAUUGGUGUUUCCAUGGCCCAUUUCUCUGUUUCUGAUGCUCUGAUGUCACCACCACCACAGUUUGGUAGGGAUGAAGAGGAAGAAAUAGAAAAAACACUCUAUUGUCCAAUAAUUAAUCAGAAUAGGGAUCCACGGAUCUGUCGAAAAGCCAGCCAGGAUGUGCAGUUUGAUGAUGCUGAAUGCGAGGCUGUAGAAAAAGAAAGUGCGCAAGAAUUAUUAAGCUUGGAAGAGACCAAGGAUAUAGAAGUGAACAAAUCAUUAAUCACAAAUAAAGAGAAAUUGGCUUCUGAUAAUGCAAUGCCAAAAGAACGGUCACCAGAAACUGCACAACUACAGAACACUAAAUGCUCACGUUCAGAGUAUAACUACAAAAAAGGAGGCAGUAGAAAGUCCACAUUGAGCACGUCUAGGUCACCAAGAAGGAGGUCGUGGCGUGAACACAGGUCAUACCACCAAGACAGGGCAUCUUCAAGAGCAUCACAUGUUAGAUCCUCAAAGGAUGUCUUAGACAAACACCAUAGAAGCAGACAGUCAUCAGAGCAUCCCUCUAGGGGAAGUUACAGUGACAGAAGGAGUGCUACAUCAUCAAGGAACAGGCAUCAUCGUCACCACCACAGAGACUCAUCGUCACCCUCACGGAAUAGGAGGAGAAGUCAUCGUUCACACUCAAGCCGGAGGGACAAAUCUUCGCAGGAUGACAGUGGCCAGUCUCGUAAGACUGACCAGCAAGGGCUUGGACCUUUGUCAGAGCAUAACACUCAAUCUUCACAACAUGACUCUGACCAGGUGUCAGGCAGUGAUAGCAUGCAGUCUGCAGGGCAAAUUGAGACUAACUGUAAAGACAAACAACUUGGCAGAAGUUCAGCAAGGUGGUUCUUUAAAUAUAAAGCAUGAGGCUGAUCAAAGCCAGGGACUUCAGACAUUCCAGAAUCCAGGGGUAGCUUGUUCUCAGCCUCUAUUAAAUAAGUCAUUUGACAAAAAUCAGCCAUUUUCUAACCAAUCUGAAAUGAAGAGAGAUAAUUUGCCCCCAAACAAAAUUAACUUGUCUUCUAAACAAGGACCACUACUGCCUACACCCUGUCUGCGAGGCACAGGUAAUAUUGCCCAUGGUGAUACUGACCUGCCUUUACAAAGAGUUACACCAGCAUUACAGCCACAAACAUUUCACCAUGAUCCCAAAAGUCCAUCUACCCAGCCACCACAUAACCGAACAGCUCAUUUUUCUGAGCCUGGCCAGAUUGAUCAAAAGAGAGGCAUGCCACCAGUUCACAGGUUGAAUUAUUUACAUAAUGAGACAGACAAAUUACAUUCAGGAGAUUACCCACAAAGGGCUUUCCAUUCACAACAUAGAAACUUACCUCAAUCUGACAGUGAUCAAUUCUAUUGCGGAGAACUGCCUCAAAAUAAAAGAGAUGACUUUUUUAUGCAUGAUGCAGACCACAACACUCAACCUUGUGCUUCUCAAAAAGAAGAAGGAUUCCCCACAUGGGAGCAUGGCAAGUUUGAUCGCCAAAAACAUCCGAACCAUAUGCUCAGAAGAUUUUCACUGGAAGAGACAGACCAGGUCCAUCAAAGUCAGAAACCCAGGCCUGCCCAGAUACAUGAAUGCAAUUUUCAAGAGCCUGGUAGAUUGUCUGACAAAAAAUUUAGAUCUUCCACGCAGGGGAAGCAUUUUCAUAAGGACGAAUCUGUCCAGUUUCAGCAAAGAGAGUCACUAUUAGGGCCUGUCCCUGUGCACAAGGGCAAUUUUAGACCUCCUAAUCCUAGAGAGCAUUUUCAACCUUCCACCUUUGAUAAGUGGAAACCAUCAGAAGAGUUGAGAAGUCCUAAAUUUGGUCAGCCCAGGGGCCAGUCCUCAGGCUUUGAAGCAAGUGGACAUGCUUCUCCCCAAGAUGUUUGUGAAGGAAAAGCCCUAACUGCCACCAAACAUUUGCAGAGGAUGCAGAAGACAGAAUACAAACAGGUUUUUCAAGACGGGCUCCAACACACGCUCAAGACCUGGCAAGUGGGCCAACGCAUAGCCAGUUUGAAGGACAACGAUAUACUGAAAUCAAAGCUCAACCACAAGGGCUUCAAAAAUCUGAGUUUAGAGGACGAAGAAGGGGCAUUGGUGGGACGUUUUUUGCAAGGGGUCAUAAAAUGAAUGCACAAAUGAGGGGACCUCGCUUUGAUUCACCCCAGCAGUUUUUGGGCCAAAGAGAACCAUCUCCUGAUUUCCAUGGACAGAGAAGACCUUCACCUCAAAAUUGUGACAGUUUUGACGACCAUAAUGAAGCCCAUUCAUCUGGUUUUCAUUCCAACCAUUCUACUACCACCCCUACUCAGUUUAGGAAACCACUACAUCAGAAUCAAUCUGAGAUUCAAAAUUUGGGGCAACCACGCACAACUUUUGAGUGCCAACCCAAACAGACGAAUAUACGCCCUUUGCGACGAUCUGGUCUACUCCCCACCCACCUGGAGGUCCGAUUAAUCUGAACACUUCCCAGGUACACAGACGUAACUCCCACAACGAAUGUGACCGGUCACAGGGACUACCUGACAUAAGACAGGAUGUCAGUGGACAUUGCAUUCGUGAAGAGAAUCCAAGCAUUGUUAACAGUUUUAAACUUCACCCACGUGAAAACUCAAAACGUUUAAUUCAGGAGGAACAAAGAGUCGAGUAUGAAAGUAGACCGGCAGAACCAAAUGUUCAGGACAGAGGUUAUGGACGGGCAUGCAGAAGGGCAAGAGGACGCAAUGGCAGAUGUAGAGAUGAAAAAAGGGCAAAUAUGUGGAGAUAGUCAACAACAGAGAAGGAAAAUAUGACAGUGGAGAUAUUGAUUCAGUCAGAAAAGUAGAAUCGAUGGGGAAUAAAGGAACAAGACAACCCAUCUGAGGGUUUAAAUAUGUGCAAGUUCAAGCAUAGAAAGACUUUGUUAUAAGCCUGUACACUGAUAGAUCUCAGUCAGAAUACACUGUUCUGGAAAGUAAAGCAGUUAUUGAUAAAUCUGUUUGUUGUUUCUUGAAAGAUUGAAGGUUUGUUCACCCUGCCAUAUCAACUUUAAGUUGAUUACUGAAAAAGAAACAAUUUUUUUGUUUUUUGUUUUGUUUUGUGGAAGCAGGACAUGUUCAUGUAAACUACCGACAAAAGUCUGUGAAUGUUUUAUUUUUAUUUUUAUUUUUUUUUAUCUCUUGCAAUUGCAAAAAUGUUCUCAUGAGCUAUAAAUAGCAGUGUACAUUUAUGUUCAUAGAUUUUUAAGUAGUUUUCUAAAUGUACAUUUGUAAGUAUUUCAGAAUUUCAAAAAAUGGAACCUUGUCUAUUUCCACUGAUUUCAUUUAGUAAACAGCUGAACCACA